AUGGCUUCUUCAGAGCUGGUAGAUAUCACCACUGCGUGCUCUCGUCGGGGCUAUCUCACUACUGUUGGUGUCGUGGUGGAUGUUUUGCCACCCUAUCGCACAAAAGGGUCUUCAGCCUGUGUCACAUUCACCCUCAAAGACUGUCAUUUCGAUGGAGCUUCCUGGUAUGGAGGUCUCAAAAUCAAAUACUUCAACGACCGAAUGGACGCUCUUCCCCCAGUUCAACGCAAUGAUGUAGUCUUACUUCGGAACGUUCGAAUCAACAUGUUCAACGAUAAGCCGACCGGGGUUGCUUCUCAGCAUGACACUGUCCCCUGGGCGAUCUUGAGGUCAGACUCGGAUCCCAGCUCAACCCCUGAAAUUUACACAGGCCCUACUCCUUUUUCACUUCAGCCACCGGAGAAGCGAGCCGCAUUGACGCUCCUGGAAGGUGUUGCGACGACCGCACCGGCCACGGUGACACAGCCCGCGCGGAAAGAAGCAGUCCCUCAGCAGCGGUCUCAGGUAGUGCAAGCGUCCAUGACAACCUCACCCCCAAGUCGCGGACUACCCCUUCAGCUCAUCCAAGAUCUGCAGCCGGGGCCUUUUGUCCAAAUUCUCGGCCAAGUCGUCAAAAUGAGCACCCUCGAUAGCGAGAAAUGCUUCCUGCAUCUCACUGAUUACACAUCAAACGAGUCCCUGACGGACAUCAGGAAGGAUGGCGAAGACGAGAUGGGCACUGAAGGGGACAAUUAUGACUAUUUGUCUCGAAAGAGGAAGAAUUGGCCUGGUCCUUGGGGAAAGAUGACCAUACAAGUUGUUCUAUGGGAACCACAUGCUACUUUCGCUCGUGGACAUGUCAAGGAGGGUCAGCUUGUGCUUCUAACAUACACGCGUAUCAAACCCGGGAAUUACAGUGGCCUAGAGGCUGUUGUUCACCAGGAUAAGCGAUAUCCAAACAAAAUUCAUAUCCAGCUUAUCUCGAACGACGAUAAUCGUGCUACAGAACUCAUGGAACGACGAAAGGAAUACUGGAAAAUCCACGGAAAGCCCAGUGAGGAUCCAAAAAAAACUGCGAAAAAGAAGAAAAACGAACAGAAGAAAAAGAAAGAGAAGACAGAGGAGGGCCAAAAGCCGCUGUCUUUGCCCGCACCAGGGAAGAUCAACAAAAGCGUCAAAGCACGGAGCUAUAAUAUCUUUUCCCGCUCGAUAGAUUACAUUCUAUCAGGUGCAUCGCACAUCAAUACAAUUCCCGGGGGUAUCAGCUACCAAUUGCCAUUCCAAAAUGUCUGCUACCGACCUUCUCAAGUCCGCGUGGUUGACUUCUUUCCUCCGAAAUUGGAAGACUUCACGGUACAGGUACCCGUGACAUCUACCGCCGCCGCCGGUGAUGAUGGUCAUGGCCCGACCAGUACUCCACGCAUGGAAUGGGAAUGGCGUUUUUGCCUUCUAGUUGAAGGAACGGAGCCUUUGAUCUCGAAUCAAGCCCGAGCGCAGAUGAAGCUCUUUGUUACAGGUGGUGAAGCUGUGCAUCUGCUGAACCUUGAUCCCGACGAUCUCCGCCGCAAUCGGACUAGGUUGGCAGUGCUUAGAGAAAAGCUAUUCAUUCUCUGGGGCAAUCUUGAAGAGCUCAAGCAACAACAUACCGCAACUGCUGAUACUGACGAGUACUGGACUCCAUAUCAGACAUCCUCAUUGCCUUUCCAAUGCUGUAUCAAAGAAUACGGCGUGCCAUGUACUCAUCCACUCGACCCAGAUGCGAUGGCACUGGAUGGACCUGGCAGUGGCCGACCAGGCUGCACCGUCCCCGACUGCUUUGGGUGGGAAAGACGAUUUGCUAUGUUUGGGACGACAAUCCAUUAA